AAUAUUAAUUUAACGUUAAAAUAGUAAAAAAUAUACAUCAAAUAAAUAACGCGUUUUUUUACAUUUUCAAAAUAUCGAGAGAGAAAAAAAAUGAUAAAAAACUCUAAUUUGGAAUUACGUGACGUAACGAGUAGUGUUAGUUGCGGCAAGAAGUUAAAUCGUUGCCGUUCUUUUCAUUUUCGUUAUUUGGAGUUGUGUCGUGCGAAAAAUCUUACUCCACUUACCGAAAUUCGUUCCAAGAAUAAUGCUACCUCUGUUUUGGAUUUCUUUGGUGACAAAUUAAAUGUAAACGAUUGGCUACUGAUAAUGGAAGCUUUAUACUAUGAUCAAGUUUUACAGACAUUGAGUAUACGUAUGCGCAAAACUUUUGGAACGGUUUUAGAACAUUUGGAUACUGAGAAAAAAGCUAAAUUAUUUCGCCAGAAAUCGGUGAUCUAUACAAAAUUUAUAUUUUCCGGUGUAGUAGAGGCAAUAUCAAAUUGCAUUGAAUUUAAUAAGAAUUUGAGAAUUUUAAAUCUAGAGGGUUUACCUUUAAAUGAUAAAUAUGUGGAGUCAAUAGCGAAGGCCCUAUCGAUUAAUGAAAGUAUUAAAGAGCUUAGUUUUCAACGUUCUAAUAUUGGGGAUAAAGGUUGUGAAGCCAUUUGUUGUACCAUGAAAUAUUUAGCCAAUGUAGAAAAAUUAAAUUUAUCAGAAUGUGAUCUAACCUCUAAAGGAGCUGAAUAUGUGGGCGAAAUGAUUAAGAUACAAAAAAUUAGUCGUUAUUCGGAGGGUUGGCAAAAAUCCCUUAGAUAUCGUGAAGUUGAUCCCGAAACUAUGCCCGGUUUACGAUCAAUAGCUCUUUCUCGUAAUCCCCAAAUAGGUGAUGAAGGCAUUAAGCCUAUAGUGGAGGUUUUAAAAGAGGAUGUAUGGAUAAAAGUCAUCGAUAUGGAGAAUUGUGGUUUAACUGAUCGUGCUGCCAAUCUAAUAUUGGACUGUUUGGAAAUCAAUAAUUAUAUAAACGAUUUUAAUGUUAGCGGUAAUACGGGUAUUAGUAAAUUUCUUUUGCGUAGCAUACGUGAACAACUGGGCAAAGAAGAUGAAGAUCAAAAAUUAAGAGCAACUCAAGAGGAACUAGUGCCAGGCCCAAACGGUGUUCUAAUCAAACGGAAAAAAGUUACGGUAGCAGCUUUAAAAGAGCAAAUAAAAACGCUCGAAGAACAACUAGCCUUCGAGAGAGUUCUACGCAAAAAGGCCGAACAAUUAAAUGAAAAAUUAAAUCAACAGAUAAUGGCUUAUGAACAUCAAUUGGAAAAUAAUCUCAAUUCGAAUAUACCCGAAGGUUAUGUUAUGGUUAAAAAUGAAUCCCUACAAUCGAUAAUUAGAGAACGCAACGACUUUCAAAAACUAGCCGCUGGAAUUGUUAGCAAUGACUCUACGCCCCGUAAUAAUAUCAUUCUGGCUAAGCAAACAAAUCGUAAAGCUUCGGAAAUGUCUAAUCCCAGUGUUCCCCUUAAUUCACCCUCUACUUUGAGUCAAUCUGAACAACGUAAAUCCCUAAAAGUUCGUAAAGUUAAGAGUGAAGUUAAAUAUACAGAAUCUGAAGUCAAAGAUUCUAAUCGCAGUAAAAAUAAAGAAUCCAAAUCAGAUCAUGAAUUUUCAAAUGAAACAGAUUUUCAAUUGACCGCUAUACAUUUUGAAACCAAUAUUGGUGAUUCGAUGACCAAUAAUCCAACUAAUAAUAAAGAGAAAAAAGCAAGCCCCAAACCACGUCAAAAUAAUUAUGGAAAUCUUACAAAAAUUGAACUAGACGAUUUGUCAAUACCCCCAAGCACACGCAGUAUGAGUAGUGAUAUACAUUCAAGUGAUUCGGAUACCCUACGUAACGACGGAGAAUGUCAACCUUUAAAAGUUUUUAUACGUCGAGCUAAACCAAUGCCGCUGACACCAAUGCCUAAAGCUCAUGAGAAAGAAGGAGAAACUGAAGUUUAUCAGAAUUUUGAGGCAAAUUUAAAUGCUUUAUUAAGAUCACCACGAUCACUUUUUCGGGGAUUGUGUGAUGAUUGAUAGAUGAAGAACAGCUAUAAAAGUGCCUCAAUCAUUUUCAAAAUUGUUGUUAGACUUCACUGCGAAUUUAUCUUUUUUGCCAGCGUUGAAAUGAUAGUUUUCCACUUUAGCUUUUAUAUUUGUACACAAUUGAUUAUGUAAAUUAAUAAACUAAUGAUAUUUUUU